AUGCCGCCCAGCCUCUUCCUGCUUCUCCUGAUGGGGCUGUCGGUGCGCACCGCAGCAGGGGGCCGUGGAAAGGAACGGGCACCCAGCACAGAAGCAGAGCCCUGGGUUGCGGUCGCACUGGAGGGAAUCGCUGUCCCUAGCAUUCAGCUGCAACUGCAGGAGGCGAAGAGGAGCAAGACGCGCCAGUUCUUUGGGCUGAUGGGGAAGCAAGUGGGCGGAAUACCUGCAAUCCAGCCAGGGGGAAGGACGGAGUAUCAGCUGGGACAAACAGUCCAGGACCUCCUCAGUGGGAGAGAACUGUCCACAAAGGUAGGCAAGAGCCUCUACAAGAUGUCGAAUGCAUCGUGGUAA